AUGUAUAAAUCAUUAUCAUCCACCACAACUAACAAACUCAAACAUCAACCUUCUAAACUUGAUUUAAUUGAUGAUACAACUUUAACUUCUUUACCAUUACCUCCACCUCCACCUUUAAGACGUCAUCUUUCUCGUUCAAGGUCACCUACUUCUUCUUCACAAGGUUCAAAGUUAUCUCACUCUAGUAGUAUAAAUAACUCUACCAGAAUUAACAGUAAUAAUAGUAACAAUAACAAUUGUCAAACGAAAAAUCUUGAUGCUAAUUAUUCUUAUGAAGAUAUUGAUGUUGAUGAUAUAGAUGAUAGUUGUGAUAAUGAUAAUGAUGAAGAAGUAGAAGAAGAAAUGAUGCAAGAGGACUAUAUUGGAGGUGAUGAUUAUGAUUAUGAAUAUGAAUAUACUUUUGAUGAAGAUAGUCAAGAUCCAAUAGUUUUAAUUGAAGAUUAUUUUCAACCUCAAAAUAUCAAAUUCGCCAAUAAUACAACCACCACUAUAAAUAAUAAUAAUAAUAAUAAUACCCUACUAAAUCAACAAAAAUUAUUACGACAACAAUCAUUAGCAAAUUUUAAACAAAGUUUAUUACUAAUACAUAAUCAUCAGAAUACCCUUAACAAUAUUAACCCCCUUAAUGACGAUUCUAAUUUAAUUUUAAAAAUCAAUCGUAAAGAAGAUUUACAAGCUAUAUUUGGAGAAAUUCCUGGUUCAAAAUUACUUAAAUAUUGUGAAUUUUGUGAAAAACCAUUAUAUGAAAUCUCAUCAAUUAUAAAUAACCACAACAACAACAACAAUAAUAAUAGUCAUAACCAAAAACAUCAGCAACAACCUCAGUAUCAACAACAAUGUCAUUAUGAAUUUAUUUGUGGAGAUUGUAUUGAAAAUUAUGAUCAAUAUUAUAAUCUGGAAUUUGCUAAUGUUAUAAUUGGUGGUGGUAGUGGUGGUGGUAAUAAUUGUGGUAAUGAAAUUGAAAUUGAAAAUAAAAAUAAAAAUAAAUUAUGGAAAAUAUUCCAUUCAAUUUCAUAUAAAUAUAAAAUCAUUGAAUAA